AUGACCUCACGACGAGCCCAUACGGCUGAAGAAUCAGUCCGAGUGAGUAGCAUUCAGCCACCGAUUCGUUCCCGCACAGAGACGCCCAGCGUGCUCAGGCGACUGGGGCUCAGCGGACACCCAGAGGAAGACGAUGGCGAUGUUGCAAUUGCAGACGUCUUUCCUUCUAGAAAACGAACGCAGAAGGAGCAAGACGAGGAAGAUGAAAAGGCUCGUAAGCGAGCAAUGAAGAACCUCGUGAACUCGUGGCAGGAGCGACUGCAGCUCAUCAGUGUCAUUACGACAUUCUUUGCAUCCAUAGAAGCAGGGAUGUUAGUACCAGUGAAUACUGAUCCGAACGGAGAGAACGCUUUGCCGAGUCUCCUCAAAGCUGCGAAUGCAGGAUUUUUGGGUGCCUUGAUCAUGCACGUUUACGCGGCUAUCCUAUCAUUCCUGGCAGCCUUCCUUUUGAUCCGAUAUAAACUGAAAGAAGCCUCAAGUGAAGAAUUAUUCGCAGAAGGCAAAGCUAAGGGAUUCAGAAUUUCGGCAUCUCCAUUGACCGGCACAUUCCAUGUCAAAGACAUCGAGAGAGAUGCCCAAGAGCUUGACACCCAGAGAUCUGACCCAGAGGAUUCACCACAGACAAAGAACACCAAGGACACCCAAUACAACUCCCCAAUGCUGAGGCGGAUGGGAUCAGAGCCUGCAGAGCCUCCUAUCUUUGCCAGGGACCCACAUCUGGAGCAGGUCGGGUUUUGGAGUCCCACUAUUUCAUCGCAUAUGCUGAGCCGCGUGCACACGCUAUGUAUUCUCCUCGCUGGGAUUGGGUUCCUGCUUGCAAUCAUGGGUAUUAUGACGUACGCGUGGGCAUUGCAACCGAAGGAGGUCAGCAUUUUUGCGACUGUGUGCCUCGGGUUCGCUGUCCUUACGAUGGGGGUGCUUUUGCUCCCUGAUCCCUAUUGA